AUGAAAGCCUCUACUUCAAGUCUACAUGAUUCUCAAGGUUCUCCCGUUGCAGGAAGAAGACCUCACCGUGACAAACCUCUAAGGUCUGACCAAUCGCAAUGGACAUCAGCAUUUGGGACAAAUGUCGCAAGUAGAACAAAAGAUACUGCACGUAGAAAAGUCUCGUUUUCUGAAGUGUCCAUCGGUACAUCCAAACACUCCAGUAUCUCCAAAUCUUCUGAGAACAAAUCCGAUGCAGUCUCUACUGAGUCGACGUCCAGUAAUUUCGCUUCAAAAUCAACUGAAAAGGCUCGCUCGAGUGAACGGCGAUCCACUCAGAGUGUAGUCCGCAUUAAUGUCAAUGAAGGAUUUGGAGGAUGGAUUGCUAAGUCUGUAGGAAGAUAG